AUGCCUAUCAUAGAGGGAACAGCUAGGGGACUCAGUAUCAAUCCACUCAAACCCCAAGGCAGCCCAUCCCAACAAUCCUCCCAAAAGCCCUCGAAAAAUGCGAAGCGUGCUUCACGAAAGAAGGCGUUGUCAAAAAAACUAGUUGAUAAAGAUGAUGAUAGCGAGAAUGAGGACGAGGAACUCGAUGAGCUGCUGGACCCCGCAACCCCCGAGAAAGGUUCCAUUCGACAUGGACCAAAAGGUAAAGGACGAUCGGGAAGCAGCAGUGCAUCUGCAGAUGAAACGGGAUCAGGUCAUGCGGCAGCUUCAAGUGGUUUCACCACUCCAACUGCCAGCCAAUCCACGACCCCAACACCAAGUGCGGCGAAGAAACGCGGUCGUCCAGUGACAAGACUUCCAUCGACUCCAAAAAAGGCCAUCAAUAAAGCCGCGACAUUGAAAGAAAGACGCCACGCCUACGAUAAUAAUCCCGAGGGUGUUAGUGUCAUUGGAAGUAUGACUGUCAUUGCGAAAAUGUGCGGGUACAUCGGAUUGAACUCUACUCGCGAGGCACACGAGCUAUACCACACACCAUACUUUCAAACCCUUCUGGAUACCUUCACCGAGAAGAAGGAUACGGGAUUCGGUGAUCUCCGACAGCUGCCAAAGAGUCAUGCGUAUCGAAAUGUCAUCUUGUGGAAACAUCUCAGAAGUCUGAGUGACCGCGAGUGGGCAUGCAUUCAAGAGGAUAAAUGGCCCACCCCAGAAACCACCAAGGUGAAUUACCCAGCUUUUGGUUAUCAUUGCUGGAUUCGCGCGCUUUACUGGAUCACCAAGUCUGGAUAUGCUGGAUUCCAGGCUGUCAAACAGAAUGAUUAA